AUGGAGACGCUGCUGUGGUUCUGCAACUGGAGCACGCUGGGCGUGUGCGCGGCGCUCAAGCUGCCGCAGAUCUCGGCCGUGCUGCGGGCGCGCAGCUCGCGGGGCAUCAGCCUCCCGAGCCUGCUGCUGGAGCUGGCGGGGUUCCUGGUCUUCCUCCGGUACCAGUGUUACUAUGAGUACCCGCUGCUGACAUACCUGGAGUACCCCAUCCUCAUCGCACAAGAUCUCAUCCUGCUGCUGUGUGUCUUCCAUUUCAAUGGGGAUGUGAGACGGGCAGCGCCAUACAUCAUCGUCUGCGUGUCUGCUUGGUUCAUCCUCACUCUGCAGCAGUGGAUCCUAGAUCUGGCCAUGAACUUAUGCACUUUGAUCAGUGCGGCCAGUAAGUUUGCACAGCUCCAGUACCUGUGGAAGAGCAGGGACUCAGGAGCCGCAAGCGCUCUGACGUGGAGCCUCGCUUCUUAUACUUGUGCAGCAAGAAUAAUGACAACUUUGAUGACCACCAAUGAUCUUACAAUUCUUACACGUUUCGUGAUCAUGCUGGCCUUAAACAUAUGGGUAACUGCUACAAUACUUCACUACCGGAAGACCGAUAUAAAGUCUGAAUGAUGGAUUAUUCCUAUACACAAAGUGGAUUCUGAAUAACGGAACCAAAGAAAAAAGCUCACUGCUAAAUCAUAAGUUUAGUCAACCGUGCCAAAGAUACUUUAGACUUGAAAAAGCCCAGUUAAACACUUGUUUAAAAAUGCUGAUUUUUAAAAAUCCUCUGCCCCCACUUUAUUAGGUUAAGGUAGGACUUUAGACAUCUACAAUUCUGAGAAAGCUGGUGAUGGAUGGAAGUCUUCCAAAAAGCCCUUUCUGAUGAGGCAGCUUUGACCCUUAUUCUGGGAACUAAUUACAUCUACUUCUCAACUUUUAAAAUCUUUUAAGAAAUACAUGGUCUCCAAAACACAAAUACACAUGAAUGGAGUGGGAUUUUGGAAAUUUUAGUAACUUACCAGGGUUCACUUCCUGGGAUGAAUGUUUAAUUGUAAUACAGACAUAAUAGGAUGGCCUUAUUGUAUCAUAUUAUCAUAAAAUACCUCCUUGGCUAUAGCAAAGAUAUCAAGGAAGCAAAAAAUGUAACUGGUUUGAAUGCAUAUACCAAAGUAGCUCUUUAACUUCAUACUGUACCUUUAAGCAUUUCCUAACAAGAUACCAGCAAUCUCUACUUAUGAAGAGGCAAUCCCAAUAUACUUCAAGAUUCAAGCACAGUGCUGCCAUUUUUAAAAGGAUUACACCUGCACAAUUAACUGUUACUGGAAUUUGGUACAAAAUACAGCCAACCUCAACCAGGGUUUGCCUACUGAAAAUAUAUGCAGCAAAGGGUAUUGCUGGGUUCUGCCAAGCUCUCAUGGAUUUAAUUCUCAUUAUGGUAUCAUACUUUAAACAUGCUGUUAAGAUUAUCCACUGUAUUUUCCUAUAAAAGCUUAUAAAACCUAACAUUU